GGAUUGGGUGUCUCUAUGGUCCCCGAUGGUGUGAGAGAGAGAGUUAUCUGGAGUUUCUCUUACAAUCAGGGUCCUGUUAUGUUACUGAGCCCUCCUCCACCGCCACAACCCAGAAUAAUUCUGCUCCCUCUCCUACUGUUGGGAAAGCUCCUGUCUCCUGUCACCUUUUUGCCCUUUAGAGCUCAGAUAAGCUAUAGCGAAUUGUUCCUGGUGGCGCCCUACUGACUCGGGGGCUGCCCUUGCCCACAUUUAGAGACUGUUAACCGUGAGUAGAGUAAGUCAUUGGAAAUCAGGAGUUUGUUCCGAUCUGCAGAACGGAGCAUCACAGAUGACCCAAGCAGCAUGAAACAGUAAGUAAAUAGGGUACAUUAGUGUACCCUAAUGUAAAGCAGCGAAGGAGGCUGCUUUUUGACGCCAGAGACAAAAGGAAUGGCAUAAAAAGUAAAUGUCAACUCUGCAUGCAGACUCGUUAAUUGUCCAUGCUUGUCCUAAGCAUUCUUACAGCCCACGGGUAUUCUAUUUCCUGAGGCUCCAGGUGGUGAAGGGAGAUGGCUUCUUAUGAUGCACCGACAGUCUGACUCACAGGCUUUUCAAAAACAGCCUACAUGAAGGAAUAUUUUUGUCACCAGGUUUGGGAUUCCUAGUAGGAGCUAGAUUGCCCAGCAGAUGGCAUUCAGAAGGCCAAAGGGCUUGCCUGUCUUACCCUUCUUCAGCCUGGAGUUGACAUGAGAAUUAGUAAAUGAGCUAAUAUUUGUAAAGACACAUAAGCAAAGCAAAACGAAAACACUUAGAACAGCCCCUGGCACACAGUAAGUGAGGUAGAAAGUAUUUGUUCACGAAAUCCAGCCAAGCAUCCACAGUAUUUCAUCUUCCCUGACUCACCACCAAUAAAAGAAGUUAUUGGACUUCCAGAAAGGCAUUCUGCAGUUAGGGGGAAAGUCAGAGUUAGCUUCAUCCAACCUGAGAAGGAAAAGCAGUGUAAGAAUCAUCUGGAAUCCCUCACAAUGCCCUCCUUCUGCCUCUGGCCACGUAGAGAGUUUCCCUAGAGACGUCGAACCAAGGAGCAGAAAGAGCACUGUCCUGGGAGGUAGGACGAAACGGAGGUUCUAGCCACAGCCCAGCUCCCAGUCACGUUUAGGACCUGUGUUAACAUCUCUGGACCUCAGUUUCUAACUCUGCAAAAAUGACCUUUAUGAUUUUUUUUUCACACCUGAAAACCCAAUUGCUUGGUUUAUCUGGUGUUGGUUCUUGGUUUCUUUCCUCGUUUCCUUCUGAGGUUUUGUUUUUCCACCUGCUUUUCCUCCACUUUCCUCGCUUGGGUUUGCUUUGGAUUUGCUGUUCUCCGGUCUCCGUCCCAUGGAUGUUUGGUUUGGUUUGGUUUGGUUUGGUUUGGUUUGAUUUCUUUGUCUUCCUUGGGCAGCCUUGUCUCGCGCAUGGGCAGUGAAGGCUUGAGCGCUCUGCGCAUGCGGCUGUUAGGGACACGCGGGCGUGGCGUGAGGAGCAGGCAGCCAGGGAGAUUGUACAUGCAACUCGCUACUUAAAAUAAUAAUGUGGGAAGGAGAGAACUAAAAAUAAGGAAAGGAGGUGUGAAUUAUAUAAGCGAUGGCGCAGCUCUUGACGAGCAAGCUUGAGCAAAGUACAUGAGGAGGGGGUAAAUGCGGCAGGACUACAGAUGCCGAUCCGCAUUGUAUACAGAUCCUGCAGAAUCUGAAUGAGAUGAGAUGGGACGCAUGGCUCAGAAAAUUGUGACAUUGUUUCAGAAGCUCAGAAUACAUAAAUGGACCCGAGAAGAAGAAGGAGAAAGGAAGAUACUCUAAGGGAAUGUCAACAAAAGCAAAUCUGUCGAUUUCCCCUGGAUUCAGGGUUAAGAUUUCACUAUGUUGCUGCUGGAGAAAGAGGCAAACCACUUAUGCUGCUCCUCCACGGAUUUCCAGAAUUCUGGUAUUCUUGGCGUUACCAGCUGAGGGAAUUUAAAAGCAACUAUAGAGUUGUAGCACUGGAUUUAAGAGGCUACGGAGAAACAGAUGCUCCCCUUCAUCGCGAGAAUUACAAAUUGGACUGUCUAAUUACAGAUAUAAAGGAUAUUUUAGACUUUUUAGGGUACAGCAAAUGUGUUCUUAUUGGCCAUGACUGGGGGGGCAUGAUUGCUUGGCUGAUAGCCAUCUGUUACCCCGAAAUGGUAAUGAAGCUUAUUGUUCUUAACUUCCCUCAUCCAAAUGUAUUUACAGAAUAUAUUUUACGACACCCUGCCCAGCUAUUCAAAUCGAGCUAUUAUUACUUCUUCCAAAUACCGUGGUUUCCAGAAUUUAUGUUCUCCAUAAAUGAUUUCAAGGCUUUGAGGCAUCUGUUUACUGGUCACAGCACUGGCACUGGAAGGAAAGGACGUCCAUUAACAACAGAAGAGCUUGAAGCUUAUAUUUAUGUUUUUUCUCAGCCUGGAGCAUUGAGCGGUCCAAUUAACCAUUACCGAAAUAUCUUCAGCUACCUGCCUCUCAAACAUCCCAUGGUGAUCACGCCAACACUACUACUGUGGGGAGAGAAGGACGCAUUUAUGGAGGCUGAGAUGGCUGAAGUCACCAAGAUUUAUGUUCAAAACUAUUUCAGGCUAACUAUUUUGUCAGAAGCCAGUCACUGGCUCCAGCAAGAACAACCUGACAUAGUGAACAAAUUGAUAUGGACAUUUUUAAAAGAAGAAACAAGGAAAAAAGAUUGACCUUUUCAAUGAAGGGUCUGGAAGGAAAUCUCUAAAGGAUUUUAAAAAUUUGUUUAUCGACUUCUUUAAGCUUCAUUAGGAAAAGAUUGUUUUCAAAGGCUUUAUCAUCAACAAAUAUCCUGACAAAUGGCACUGAAAAAAACCCGAGAAUGUGGGAACUUGUACAGAAUGUGGAUCUUCUCUUGGACUCUGCACAGAAGAGCACCUGCCUUAAAAUGGAUACACUGCUUGAUACACAAAGAGGAAGCUGGGGAAAGUGGCUCAGUUGUGGUGUCUGGCGUUCUUUACCCUGUUAACAUAUGGUGCCUUUUACAAAUGUAUGUUAAAGAUUAGCUAUGCCAUAUUAAAAGGCAGACCUGCAAUGGGAUAAAUUUUCA